GAUUGGCACACGAUGUCCACAGAAGAUCUCUUCCAACGGUUGGACAGCAACCCUCUCGGUCUCACUCAAGACCAGGUCAACAGCCGAUUGCUAAAAGGCCGCAACUCUUUCCAGCCUAGACGCCUAUCGCUUUUUUCCAAAGCUUUUAGCUGUGUGUUUGGAGGCUUUGGAUCCCUCAUCUUCGUUUCUGCCAUUCUCAGCUUCCUCAGCUGGAAACCAUUUGGAAAUGAUCAGGCUCACCCUACGGCCAAAUUGGGUCUAGGUAUAGUCUUGCUCAUAAUCCUUUUGGUUCAAGCAUGUUUCAAGGCGUGGCAGCUUCGCAUCACUGGUCGAGCCAUGAGGUCGAUUACUGACCAUGUCGGCAAUGAGACAUCCGUAUUGAGAGACGGAGGUAGUUGCACGAUUCCAUCAGAGGAGCUCGUUCCUGGAGACUUGGUCAAAAUAAGUACUGGUUCAAGAAUACCCGCCGACAUGCGCCUGAUUCUGGCCUCAUCAGAUCUAACCUUCGAUCGCACUAUGCUCACCGGUGAAAGCAAUCUGAUCGUUGGAACAACAGAUGUAUCUAUCGGAGAUGACUAUGAAGCCCAUAAUAUGGCUCUCCAAGGAACUCUUUGCACCAGCGGAAAUGGCGUAGGUAUACUCGUCGAUACUGGGGCAGAUACGGUCUUUGGAAGUAUUGCAAUGCUGGUAUCAUUACAGAAAAAUCGCAUGACACUCUUGGAAAAAGAAAUCAGACGUUUUGUCAUCAUUAUUUGUCUUCUGGCCGUGUCCGUCGCAGUCCUUUGGAUAGUACUUUGGGCUGGAUGGCUACGAACGCAGUAUCCCAAAUUCAUGUCUGCGUCAGACUUAUUGGUCAACAUCGUCUCUCUUAUGGUCGCUUUCAUUCCAGAGGGCUUACCAAUAUGUAUCACUCUCGGAUUAACUAUCCUUUCACGACAACUAGCUGCCAAACAGAUCCUAUGCAAAUCGCUGUCCACUGUUGAAACUCUUGGGACUGUUGACGUUGUCCUUUCAGACAAGACCGGAACACUGACAUCAGGUCGCAUGAAAGUGACGGAUGUUGUGAUUGGGAAGAAGAUCAUCUCUACAUCGGACUUACGCGGACAUUGUCUCGUCAGCUACGGAAAGGACGUCUCGCCUUUGGGCAAGGUAGCAAAUGAUCUCGCUGCGAUCGCUGCGGUCUGUAACGGCUCUCGUUACAUCGAUGCUGAGCCAUUAUUGGACGACGAGGAAGGAAAAUCUCCCAUUAAUGGAAAUUCAACGGAUGCUUCUUUGAUCAGGUAUGCCCAUCUGUUCGGACCCGUCAGUCAGUAUCAAGAGCAGUGGAUCGAAGUCUUCGACCUCGCUUUCAAUUCAGACAUCAAGUUCUGCGCGAAGCUUCUGAAGCCACGACUCACCUCACAGGCGCCGGCUGGUGUUCAAAGUGACCCCAACUUCACAUCCGAGAGCGUGUCUAUAUUUGCCAAAGGGGCUCCUGAAAUACUUUUACAACGCUGCACACACAUAUGUCGCCCGAACGGAAGUGUGGAACCACUCAAUUCUGCAACCAUGGAUUCCUUAAUCAAGACUCAAGAGGCAAAUGCUGCUGUAGGAAGCAGAGUCAUCAUGUUGGUGCGCAAGACUUUUCCCAUUCUAGAUUUGUACAGUGACAUACCAGCCGGGAAGUCUUUAUCGGACCUUGUUGUGGACAUGACCGUCGUCGGGCUCUUAGUCCUCUCUGACCCACCCAAGCAUGAUGCAGGCAAGACUGUGGGAAUAUGUCGCCGAGCUGGAAUGAGGUUUUUGGUCGUGACCGGGGAUUUAGGCCAAACAGCUGUUGGCGCCCUCACAGUCGAACCAGUUGGACUGAAAGACCUCAAAGCAGAUAUUCCUAUUGAGCUUGUUGCACCCUAUCAGCCCAAGCCAGCCUCGCAACUGCGUGCCAUUUGCUUGACGGGAACAGAGCUAACGGUGAUGAAUGAAUCCCAAUGGAAGCAAUGUAUUGGUUUCGACGAGAUCAUCUUUUCUCGCACCACUCCGCAACAAAAACUGGAAAUUGUUCGCAGGUUUCAAGACAACGGUCACGUCUGUGCUGUCACAGGAGAUGGAGUGAACGAUGCAACCGCUUUGAAAGCUGCUGACAUAGGGAUCGCCAUGGGAUCCGGAAGUGAAGUAGCUAUGGAGGCUGCAGAUCUUGUUUUGUUGAAUGAUUUUGGAAGCGUUGUCACAGCUACUCUCUAUGGAAGGCUUUGUUUCGAAAAUCUGAAGAAACUGACCUUGUACUUGCUUCCUUCCGGAAGUUUUAGCGAGUUGAUCCCAAUGCUACUUGUCCUCUGUGCAGGUCUUCCAGACCUUCUCAAUCCGAUCCAAAUGAUAAUCAUCUGUAUAGGAACAGAUGUCCUACCAGCUCUUGCUCUCAUUUUUGAGCAACCGGAAAAAGAUUUGCUCUUAAAAGCACCAAGGAAACAAGCAAAGGAAAAAUUGAUUGAUUUCAAGACUCUGGCUCAUGCAUACAUGUUGUUGGGUCUUUUUCAAUCCAUAUUUUCACUGGUCAUCGCGUUUCACUUUGGAUUCUAUCAACGAGGCGUCAAUCUGUCUGACCUACUUUUCUCCUAUGGACGAGCCACGGUCGACGCAGAUCUGCUAGAAGAGGCAACUAAGGCCGCACAGUCUAUCUAUUUCUUCAGCAUCAUCUUUUCUCAAUGGGGGACUUUACUUUCCACGAGGACACGAAGGUUAUCGAUCAUCAAUCAUUUUCCUGGAUCACAAGGAGCGGGAAAAAACCUCUUCAUCUUCCCUGCAAUGUUCAUCAGUCCUAUCUUGGCUUUCAUAAUCUCCUUUAUACCUUUCUUUCAAGAAACUUUGGGAACUAGACGGAUUGGUUAUGAAAGUAUUCUUGCUCCCAUUUCUGUUUCACUUUUAGUCUUGCUUAUUGAUGAGCUUAGGAAGUGGGGCGUAAGGCAUCAUCCGAACUCUUUACUUGCUAAGAUUGCUUGGUAA